CCCACUCGUCUCCGCAACACUACAAAUAAACCCUCCCUGAAGAAACCCAAUGAAUAUUUUGGGGGUUUUCUGUAUCUGAUAAAAACCCAGAAAAUCUAAUGGGUGCAGCAGUUAAAGAAGAAGUGAAAGUGGGAAGCAUAGUGUGGGUGCGCCGGAGGAACGGAAUUUGGUGGCCGGGAAGAGUUAUGGCUCCCGCCGACUUCACGCCGCUUCCUGAUCGCCACUUUUUUGGUACCCCUGUUCCACCUCAAAUCAAGCUCCUAGGCCAAAAUAACGCCACUCUGGACAACUACAACCUGGAGACUACUAAGCGUGUGAAAGCCUUCCGCUGUGGAGAGUUUGACGAUUGUAUUAGAAAGAUUGAAUCGUCAAGAGAUUUUGGUUUAACCAAAGAUCUGAAGUGCACACGCCGAAAAAAUGCUAUUCUUCAUGCUCUUGAUCUUGAGAGGCAAUUGGUGCAAAAGAAACUUAAAAGGCCAGGGAGUGAGCUGCAACAAGAAACUUGUUCAAGGGUAAAGAGAAGCAAGUAUGCCUAUUUUUCUUCCGAAUCAGGAGAUUGUUUGAAGAAAUCAGUUCAGUCUCGCUCCUUAAAGGACUCAAAAAAGUCCUCUGAGUUCUCUGCCGUUGACAAGACUGCCUCUUCUGGCAGAUCUGAAAAACUCAAACCUGAAAGAAAACUGAAUAUCCAAGAGGUUUGCAUGGGAGAUGUGGGUCCAGAUGAUAGGAGUUGUGUUUUUUACUGCAAAGGAGAUGCUGCUAUUCCUCUAUUUGAUGUGAACAUCAAAGUUGAAGCCACCCACCAGGGAGUGAAUGUUCCCCUUGUCAGCAUGAUGAGCAGAUUAAAUGGAAAGGCGAUCAUAGGGCACCCUGUGAAUAUAGAAGUUCUGGAAGGCGCUGCUGAAACAGAAAUUAGAAAUGGCGAGAAAUCGUCUAAAAAGAAGUUAAGUGGAACAUGUCCCCUGGUUUGGAAAACUUCUAAAAGGACUCCUGUUAUAUAUUCAUCUCCACUGCCCUCCUCGCGUAGGAAAGGCGCAUCUUCAAGAACAGAAGAAUCCUUUCCUCUAAAAUCAUGUAAAAGGCAAACAAGUUCAUCAAACUGGUCAAGAAACGCCUUUAGUGGUGAUAACCUGCGCCCCACAGUGCAGAAAGCCAUGAAAGGAGAAGCUCUACUGAAAUCUGUUGGUUGUGUUCCAGUGAAACACAUUUUCAGCGAGUUACUAGCAGCUGUUGCCUGCUAGUAAGGAAAGACCAGCCCAACAAUGCAACUGAGAUGAGAAUGACAUUGUGUGCUUUAGAGAUGGGAUUGAACUAGACAAGCUUAUUCAAAAGAAAGUAGCUCUUUUUUGUGGAUAUUACUUACAACUGGUUAAUGGUUUUGUUUCUUUACUAAGCAGGUAGAUAGAUGAGUAUAUACUUACUGGUUAAGAUCAUUAAAUCAUAGAUGGUAUUGAUGUGUCAUGUGUAGUGGUUUUUUAUUUCCAUGCAGAUAUUAAACUUUACUUGUUUAACUACUUGAUCAGAAUGGAGGCGCUU